GAAGCAGGUUCUGGAAUGGGGCUGAGUAGGAGAUGUUUUAAUGGCCAUUAGGUUGAUAAUCACUCACCAAGAAUAGCUUCCAGGCAGACCAAACCCAUGCAUAAGUGGGCCCACACCCAAGCUCACAACACCUCGUUGGCAGGUAUAUAAGAGGACCCUGCGAGUCUCCCAACAGCACAGUUCAGUCUCCAGCCUUGGAUCUGCUCUGAUCUUCUUCUACUUUCCUUGCUGAGCAAAAAAGAAAAAGAAAAAGAAAAAAAUCCAUCAUGAGUUGUCAGAUCUCGUGCAAGUCUCGAAGAGGAGGAGGAGGUGGCGCUGGAUUCCGGGGCUUCAGUAGUGGCUCGGCUGUGGUCUCUGGAGGAAGCCGGAGAUCGACCAGCGGCUUCUCCUGCUUGAGCCGCCAUGGUGGUGGCAGAGGAGGCUCCGGUGGAGGUGGCUUUGGCAGUCAGAGUCUUGUCGGCCUCGGAGGGUACAAGAGCAUCUCUACUAGCGUGGCUGGCUGUGGUGGAGGAUUUGGUGGCAGAGGUGGCAGUGGCUUCGGAGGCCGCAGCAGCUUUGGAGGCAGCGGUGGCUUUGGAGGUGGCUCUGGCUUUGGAGGAGGCAGAGGAUUCGGAGGCAGCGUUGGCUUCGGAGGUGGCAGUGGCUUCGGAGGUGGCAGUGGCUUCGGAGGUGGCAGUGGUUUUGGAGGUGGCAGUGGCUUCGGAGGUGGUGGAUUUGGUGGAGGCGGCUUCGGUGGAGGCCGUUUUGGAGGAGGUAGCGGCUUUGGGGGGCCUGGAGGAUUUCCUGGUGGAGGCAUCCAUGAAGUCUCUGCCAAUCAGAGCCUCCUGCAGCCUCUUGAUAUCAAAUUAGACCCGGAGAUCCAGAACGUGAAGUCUCAGGAACGGGAACAGAUCAAAACUCUCAACAACAAAUUUGCCUCUUUCAUUGACAAGGUUCGAUUCCUGGAGCAGCAGAACCAGGUGUUGCAUACCAAAUGGGAACUUCUGCAGCAGCUGGAUGUGGGCACCCAAACCACCAACCUGGACCCCAUCUUCCAGGCCUAUAUUAGCAUGCUCAAGAAACAAGUGGAUAGGCUUAUAGCAGAAAGGACCUCGCAGGAUUCAGAGCUGAGCAACAUGCAGGAUCUUGUGGAAGAGUUUAAGAAGAAGUAUGAGGAUGAAAUCAACAAGCGCACAUCUGCGGAGAAUGAGUUUGUGACAAUUAAGAAGGAUGUGGACAGCUCCUACAUGGACAAGACAGAGCUGCAGGCCAAGACGGACAUACUGAUGCAGGAAGCUGAUUUCCUGAGAACGCUGUAUGACGCGGAACUGUCUCAGCUACAACAGAAUGUCACUGACACCAAUGUCGUCUUGUCCAUGGACAACAACCGGAGCCUUGACCUGGACAGCAUCAUUGCUGAGGUUCAGAGUCAAUAUGAGAUCAUCGCCCAUAAGAGCAAGACCGAGUCAGAGGAGCUGUACCAUAGCAAGUAUGAAGAACUCCAGGUCACUGCUGUGAAACAUGGGGACAGCUUGAAAGAGAUCAAGAUGGAGAUCAGCGAGCUGAACCGCACAAUCCAAAGGCUGCAAGGGGAGAUAGCGCAUGUGAAGAAGCAGUGUAAGGGUGUACAAGACUCCAUCGCUGACGCAGAGCAGCGCGGAGAGCAUGCACUCAAAGAUGCCAGGACCAAGCUCACUGACCUGGAGGAGGCCAUGCAGCAGGCACGAGAGAACCUGACCCGGCUGCUUCGCGACUACCAGGAGCUCAUGAACACCAAGCUGGCUCUGGACGUGGAGAUCGCCACCUACCGCAAGCUGCUGGAGGGCGAGGAGUGCAGGAUGACUGGAGAAUUCAGCGACAAUGUGUCUGUGUCCGUGACAAGCAGCACCAUUUCCUCAUCCGUGGCAUCCAAGGCUGGCUUUGGCUCUGGAGGUCAAAGUUCUGGAGGAAGAGGAAGCACCUAUGGUUCUGGAGGCAGAAACUCUGGCUCCAGAGGAGGAUCCGGAGGAGGCGGAUUCAGCUCUGGAGGAGGCUCUAGAGGAGGAUCUGGAGGAGGCGGAUUCAGCUCUGGAGGAGGCUCUAGAGGAGGAUCUGGAGGAGGCGGAUUCAGCUCUGGAGGAGGUUCUAGAGGAGGAUCUGGAGGAGGCGGAUUCAGCUCUGGAGGAGGCGGAUUCAGCUCUGGAGGAGGCGGAUUCAGCUCUGGAGGAGGCUCCAGGGGAGGAUCUGGAGGAGGCGGAUUCAGCUCUGGAGGAGGCUCCAGGGGAGGCUCUGGAGGAGGUGCUGGAGGCGGCUCCAGGGGAGGGUCUGGGUCCGGAGGAGGCGGAUACAGCUCGGGAGGCGGCUCUAGGGGAGGGUCCAGCUCUGGGGGUGCAGUAUCUAGCUCUGAAAGGGGAGGUUCUGGCUCAGGGGAAGGUUGUGGCUCCGGGGUGACCUUCUCUUUUAGAUAGAGAUGGGUCCUUGCCCUACUCUUUGCUUCCAGAAUGUCAGGUGUAUCUCUGUAUCACUAAUUCAGAGCAACCCCAAUUUUUGUAAUCCACCUCUGAUGACAUUUCUUUUUGAGAGGGGGUGAUGAAAGAUCUAAGAAUUAGAGUCAGAGGCACGCACUGUGUUCUGGGGAAGAAUCUGUGUUGUCCAAGUGUGUCUUCAAGCCACGCCCCACCCCUGGCCUCCUUGUAGUGCCCAUCUGACAGUCAUUCCUAGAUGGUGCUCUGCUGAGGACCCCAGGGUACCCCCACCCUCCUCCCCCAACAGUGGUCUGGGGAACUAUGCUUCUGUGUACAUAGCCUCUUGAAUGGACUCUGCUCUCUGAGUGCUGUGGUCUGGGUGUCUGCAUAAUAAACUUCAUUUGCAAUCGA